AUGUUACGUCCCAAUCCAUACACAACUAGCGACACCCAUUCCUCCGAGUCUUGGGAUGAGGACCCGAUAGCCCGUGUCCAACAUGAUCGACAGCAUUAUGAUCAUGAUGGAUUUUCCACAUCUGGGAGUGGUGAUGGCAUGUUGAUGUUCUGUGAACCAGAUUCAUCGCGUGAAAGCAUGACGAACCCUUUCACUUGCUCACCUGAAGACUCUACCACCACCCCUCCAAGUCUUAUGGGCUCGCCCUUGCGUGAAUUUUCACCUUCUCCCGUCAGCGGCUGCGGUGCUACAAAGCAUAGAUCUGGCUCGGAGUUGUUGCCAAUCGCUGCUCCAGCCAUCAAGAAGAAGACUUGUGCACCUGGCCUCCAAUGUGAUGGUGCAGUCGAGCAGUUCAAGUGGACGAGCCUCCUCAGCGAGUCACGACGCAGCCCAUGGGUUACAAAGUGUAGCGAUAGGGGUAAGGCCUAUAAGGAUCUUCAGCUGGACAAAGAGAAUGUAAUGCUCCAGGGCGCCAUUGACUCGAAAGUCGAAGCCGGCUGCACAGGUAGCAAGGCUAUGUCAUUGCAAGUCAAAGCCUCUCCUGCUGUGAACGUUCGUUUGAUGUCGAAGAGGGGGCUGGAUUGCGCCAACCUCCCCCACUCCAACAAGGAGAAUGGUGGUCCAGCUCCAAAGUGCAUCUGUCGGGAGAAAACCGGCACCGACUGGCAGACGGUCCUUGACCUUGUUAAGUAUGGCCAAGAACGGGACGGCGAUGGCAAGGGCAAUACAACAUCAAUAACAGUAAUUUUACGAAGGGCGGUUACCGGGUUAACAUUGGCUGACCCGGUAGACUCAUAUCUGGCGCGUUGUAGCGUAUCUACAAGUCACAACUGGCUACUCCAAUCGCAUCUUGUUUGCAACUGUCGCUUAAAUACCCUCCCUCAAUGGACCACACACUGGAAAUGCAAAGAACCCAAAAGAGAAGAAGGACAAAAUGACGGCAACAGUAGCAGCGCCUUCAAGUUAGAACUCCAACCACCACCAAGUUUUUUUGAUCAUUGCAUCAAGCUAUUUGAAGAACUGCACGCAAAAUACAACAAAUUUGUGAAAACUCAGUUACAGAUACAAGAAGCACUUGAUCGAGACCAUGAUUCCAGAUGGCACCUCUACCGCUGUGUAUCGUCGUGGAUGGUAGAUCUCUGUAUUGGUUCUCAUAUACCACACACCAGCAAGAUCAAGGCAUUUAUGGUCACCAAAGGCAAAACUCUGUAUUUCCUGGGUGAUGCAAACAACAACUCAUUGCAACGCAUCUACGGUAUCUUGUUGCCAGAUAAAAAGCAGUCAACCAAGUAUGAAGCAUUCUUGGUCAAGGCUGCAAAACAGGAGACUUAG